ACACGGACCGGCCUUGCAGACACUGCGGUCUCUAGUCAGAGAACAGGCGGAACGGGUUUAGGACUGCAGGCAGCGGGCCAGUGACCGGACGUCUCCGGAGCGCAGAUGGGAAUGUUCUGCAGAAACCUGAUCUAUUACCUCUCUACACUACUCUCUGCCCACUGUAAUUAUUUUCAUUGAUUUUUUAACAUCAACUGAAAGUAAAAUUGGGUGUGAGAAUCGUUUGCGUCUGUCAUGCAGUGAGUUGAGGAAUAUCCUGUUAGGCCGUGUGCAACUACGUAAAAGCACAUGUGGCAACAAGUUGGUUAGAUUUGGGGUUAAGCCAAUCAGAGGCAGGCUAGGAGUGGGACAUAACUGAAUUUGUGAUUUCGCCUCGUAGGACGUCACAAUAAAUGUAUGUUGUCUGAUCAGCGGACAUUUACCUAUGGGCCGCUGACACCGCUAAUCAAAGGGAUCGUCUUUCCUUGAGUGGAGCAAAUUCUGGAACUUAUCCUUCGCUGUCAGUCGCCUGGGAACCCACUGAGGACCUCAGACAGACCACCCAGAGAGGAGGAUCCUGCAAGCUGCAUGAUGGGGCUCUGUGUGAACGCAGUGACAGUCGCGCUCUCGUGCGUGUUGUUUUAUCUUUCUGCGUGUGCAGAAACUCAAGGGCCCGUGGUGAAGGCGACGCUGGGGGCCCUGAGGGGCCGGUACGUCGGGGUCAAAGGUCAGGAGGCCGACGUCCAGGCCUUCAUGGGCGUCCCCUUCGCCAAGCCCCCUGUGGGCCCGCUGAGGUUCAGCGCCCCCCAGCCCGCGGACGGGUGGGAGGGCGUGAGGGAGGCCACCAAGGAGCCCAACAUGUGCCUUCAGAACAAAGAACUCCUGGAAGGCCUGAUGACGUUCCUCUCCAUGAAGGUGGAGCUCCCGGACGUGUCUGAGGACUGCCUCUACCUCAACGUCUUCGCUCCCUCGCACGCCGCCCCGGGCACCGACCUGCCGGUGAUGGUGUGGAUCCACGGUGGGGGCUUCACCAGCGGCGCGGCCACAGUCUAUGAGGGCUCGGCACUGGCGGCCAACCAGGACGUGGUGGUGGUCGUCCUCCAGUACCGCCUGGGGCUGCUGGGCUUCUUCAGCACCGGAGACGGGGCGGUCCCCGGGAACCUGGGCCUGCUGGACCAGGUGGAGGCGCUGCGCUGGGUCCAGCAGAACAUCCGGGCCUUCGGAGGAGACCCCGGCCUGGUCACCGUCUUCGGGGAGUCCGCGGGGGGCAACAGCGUCUCGCUGCUGACGAUCUCUCCGCUGUCCGCCGGGCUGUUCAAGCACGCCAUCGCACAGAGUGGCACCGCGGCGUUGAAAAACCUGGUGUCCGACCAAUCACCGCUAAUGACCCAGAUGGUAGCCAACGCAUUAGGCUGUGACGCCAGCCCUGAGAAGAUUACCAGAUGUUUGAAGAACAUGGAUACCAAUGCAUUACUGGCUCUAACGAAAGACCCGACGCUGGGGUUCCCGGUGACUGUGGAUGGAUUCUUCCUGACAGACAAAGUGAACAAAAUCUACCGGGACCACCAGGUCCCCCCGAUCCCCUUCAUGACGGGGCUCAACAGUGACGAGGGCGGCUGGCUGCUGCCUUCUAUGUUAUGCCCCCCGAACUGGACAGAGGGGAUGGACAGAGAGCAGACCAUGGCCAUACUGGGAGUGUUCCACCCGGAGCUCAAAGAUAAACCCAUACGGGACCUUAUGGAGGAGGAAUACUUAGGAACAACUGAGGAUCGGAAUGAAAUCCGAAAGGUUUUCACCAAGCUGCUGGGAGACAUGAUUUUCACCAUCCCAGCCAUCAUCACAGCCAAAGCCCACAGAGAUGCUGGGGCCCCAGUCUACCUGUACCAGUACCAUCAUGUCCCCCAGUUCCUCAAGGAGAAGCGGCCCAGCUUCGUGGGCGCCGACCACGGGGAUGAGAUGAUCCUGGUGUUGGGAUUCUGCUUCACCACCCAAACCCAGCUGACCGGUGCCUGCACAGCAGAGGAGCUGCAGCUGUCCAAACUGCUGAUGUCCUACUGGGGGAACUUCGCCCGCACAGGGAGUCCAGGCGGCCCCGGUCUGGUCCCCUGGCCCCAGUACGGGCCCCAGGAGAACUACCUGUCCAUCGACAUGAAGCAGGAGGUGCGGCAGCACCUGGCCAGCGACGUGUACACCUUCUUCACCAAAACCAUCCCGGAGAAGCUGAGCGCCGCCCAGAAGAAGAACGGCCAAUCGGAACACCCGGAGCUGUAGCCACGGGCAACGCGACCGCAUCACCAGGAAGUGGUGACCAUGCAUCUCGGGGAUUAAUGAUGUGCCUUAUUGAGCUGUUUAUGUUGAUUAUUGUGUUAUUGUGCACAUGGUUAACAUGGAUUCUUCAAAAGAACAGAAAAAUCACAAACGUCUCAGAGUUCAGAGAGAACACUAUGAAAAUCAAUUUAAAGAAGGGACAAAAUAAUCGAGUAGUGUGUGUUAUCUUGCGUUCAAAUGUACCUCUCCGUUCAAUAUGGUUCUGUGAGCCGGAUUGUUUUAUUUCUUGGACUGAAUGUUUGGAGUUAGAUCAGAGGACGUUUGAAUGAAUGAAUGAAUUAUCCGUAAGGUCUCGAGAAUGACUAAUAGGGGAUUCUAAUAAAAAAAGAUUUUAAGAAGGGGUCUUUGUGUUCAUUUGAUGAAACAGACAUUUGAAUACUGUAGUUGAUUAUAGUUCUUUGCACAUGGCUGAAAUGCCCACUGAUGGCGUCGGUCAGUUCAUGCUUCGAGGCGCAUGAUGGCUCCAAGAAUAUUUUGGGAUUCCAGACAAAAAAAUCACUAUGGCAACAAGAACGAUGCAUGUUCAGAGGUUUGAGUUCAGGAACUGAAGAAGAGCAACGUGAACACACAUCUACUGGACCAAUAGCAGGUUGGUCCUGAUUUAUUUCCAUUGUUUUAAAAUAUUUUUUUGGCCGAACAAUAUUACAAUAACA